UUUUCCUUCACUAAUCAUUUUGCAUUGUCGGAGAGUUCAAAGUUCCUGCGCGCUUUAGGAAAAUGAAAGUGCAAGAGUUGGAAAAAUGUGCCCCCAGCAGCGACUGGAAUGUGCUCUACUGGGUGCUGGGCACCAUCCUGAUGCCGGUGGUCCUGCCGUUGGCUCUCUUCAAUAUCUGGCAGCGGUUCAGGGCUCAGAAAUACCGCAAUCAAUUGCCAGGAAAGGUGGUGGUCGUCACCGGUGCCAGUUCGGGGUUGGGUGAGUCCCUGGCCCAUGUCUUUUACCGUGCUGGGUGUAAAGUGAUAUUGGCGGCACGUCGAACUCAGGAAUUGGAGCGGGUUAAAAAGGAUCUGCUGGCUCUGGAUGUGGACCCUGCUUACCCACCCACUGUGCUGGCUCUUGAUCUGGCUGAGCUGAAUUCCAUUCCAGAAUUUGUCACCCGUGUGCUGGCCGUUUACAAUCAGGUAGACAUACUCAUUAACAAUGGUGGUAUUAGUGUGCGAGCAGAUGUGGCUUCCACAGCUGUAGAUGUGGACCUCAAGGUGAUGGUGGUUAACUAUUUUGGCAGUGUGGCUUUAACUAAGGCUCUACUUCCUUCCAUGGUAAAACGAAACAGUGGCCACAUCUGCUUUAUUAGCUCUGUUCAGGGAAAGUUUGCCAUUCCUCAGAGAGCCGCUUACUCGGCCUCGAAGCAUGCCAUGCAAGCCUUUGCUGAUUCCCUGCGUGCGGAGGUGGCCAGCCAGAAUAUCAACGUGUCCUGCGUAAGUCCUGGCUACAUACGCACUCAGCUCUCGCUGAAUGCCUUAACAGGAUCGGGCAGCAGUUAUGGAAAAAUGGAUGAAACCACGGCCAAGGGCAUGUCUCCUGAUAAGCUGGCGGAGCGCAUUCUUCAGUGUAUUCUUCGCAAGGAGCCUGAUAUUAUUGUGAGUGAUAUCCAGGCCAAGGUUGCCUAUUACCUAAGACAUCUCUGCCCGAGUCUGUACUUUUGGAUCAUGGCCAAACGAGCCCUAAAGCUGGAGAAGGCUGAUCGAAAAGCCAACUAGGUUUAUAAGUAACUUAAAUCCAAAGUGAAACGUCCUUAAGUAUUAGUUUCGUUUUUAUUGUUAAUUGAAUUUUGCUUAAAAUGAGGAAAUUAUAAAGUAUCGCAUGUGUGUGUGUUCGGGUUAAAAUUAGAUACAUUCGUGUUAAUGCCUAACAAUAAGAUUAAUAAAUAAAAUAUUGUAGUAAUCGUAACAGAAAGUACAACUGAAUUGUCACACAUGUGCUUGUCUUGUUCGCUAAUCAUAAUACAUACGUUAAUUAAUUAAUUAUUGUUUUGAAUUAUAUAUGAAUCGUAAAAUGCUAA